AUGGGACGCGACGAAUCGCAGGCCCAGAAGCUUUCCGUAACUUCACGGGAUCCUGAAGUCAAGGAGGAUGAUAGACCUCAUCACACGGAAGAGAUGCGUCCCUCGAAUAAUAAGGUGGCGAACGAACUUAGCGAAGAAGAUCAGCAGCUGAAGACGGAGCUGGAAAUGCUGGUCGAGCGGCUUGGUGAAGACCAUACACAGAUGCACCGCCCCGCUUUAGAAGCGAUGCGAAGCAUUAUUCGCACCAGUACCUCUUCUAUGACGUCUGUUCCAAAACCUCUUAAGUUCUUGCGCCCCCAUUACGCACAGCUUAAGUCUGUUCAUGAAAAAUGGACUACACCAACUGAUGAAAAGGUGUUACUUGCAGAAAUUCUCAGUGUACUUGGAAUGACUUACUCAAACACAGGAGAGCAUGAUACACUCGUGUUUCGCCUCCUUGCUGACUCUAUGCGGGGUGCAAAUACCACGGCAGAGGACUUGGGUCAUUGGGGUCACGAGUACGUGCGUCACUUAAGCACGGAAUUGGGCGAAGAAUACAAUGCACGUAUGGAAAAAGACCAGGAUACAUCAGAACUUCUCAGACUUGCACUUCUCGUGGUUGAAUUUAGCUUGAAACACCAUGCAGAAAUUGACGCGGUUGACCUGCUAUUAGAGUUGGAGGCUGUGGACCAGCUGCCCCAGUUCGUUGACAAAGAUACAUUUGAGCGCGUGUGUUUGUAUCUUGUGAGCUGUGUGAAUCUUUUGGUCCCACCAGAUGAUGUCAUGUUCCUGCGCACAGCGCGCGAAAUUUAUCGUAAAUUCCAACGUUAUUUCGAGGCAUUGGUCAUCAGUGUGCGGUUAAUGGACCCUGAGCGCAUUCGUGAGGACUUCGAGUCGCCCAAGAAUGAAGUGAUGCAGAAACAAAUGGCAUUUCUUCUCGCUCGACAACAAAUUCCUGUGGAAUGGCUGCAGGAUGAAUCCAACCCUAUUAAGGACCAGGCUCUGCUAGACUGCUUGUUCAAUACACAUCUCUCAUCGCAUUUCAUCAACUUUGCCAAAGAGCUUUCCGUGUAUGAGCCAAAAAGCCCCGAAGAUGUUUACAAAACUCAUCUUGAAACAGCGCGUUUCCCUGUCGUGGACUCAGCACGUGGGAAUCUGGCGAAUAUAUUUGUGAAUGCGUUUGUCAAUGCUGGUUUCGGCAACGACCUUCUUGUCGUGGGUGCAGACGAAGGGAACAGCUACGUUUACAAGGCGAAAGACCAUGGUAAGCUUUCAGCUGCGGCUAGUGCUGGACUGAGCCUGCUUUGGGACACGGAAAUGGGUUUAAGCCACAUUGAUAAGUUCACGUAUUCAUCAAACGAAUACAUCAAGGCGGGUGCUUUACUUGCCUAUGGUAUCCUGCACACGGGUGUGCGCACUGAGAUGGAUGCGCCGCUAGCUCUGCUCUCCGAGCAUGUAGAAAGUAAGAGCUCGCCGCUGCAGCAUUCAGCUAUUGUUGGAUUGGGCUUGGCCUAUGCUGGCUCGUGUCGUGAGGAGAUUGUGGCACUUCUGCUGCCGUAUGUUCAGGAUGAAACCACUUCGAUUGAAACUGCAGCGCUGUGUGUGUUAUCGUUGGGCUUUGUGUUUGUUGGCUCCGCGCAUGGCGAGAUUGUGCCGAGUGUUUUGCAAAUGCUGAUGGAGCGCGAACCGUCGCAGCUGGAUAAUUCUUGGGUGCAGUUCAUAUCUCUAGGCCUGGCGUUGCUAUUCCUAAGCAGGCAAGACGCGUCUGACGCGACCAUCGAAACUUUGAAAGCGAUUGAGCAUCCUGUGUCGCGCGAAGCUCAGAUCCUAGUGGAUGCCUGUAGCUAUGCUGGAACAGGCAAUGUACUGAAGAUCCAGUCUCUUUUGCACGACUGUGCAGAGCAUGUGACGCACGACUCAAAGAAAGAGGGUGGUUCUGAACAAACGGAUAACGAGUCUGAGGGUGCACGCAAUUGGUACCAGGCCUUCUCCGUGUUGGCAAUUGCGCUCGUGGCUAUGGGAGAAGAUGUGGGUGCUGAAAUGACUCUUCGCCAUAUGUCACAUCUUAUGCACUAUGGUGACCCUGUGAUUCGGCGCACAGUGCCGCUCGCACUGGCAUUGCUGAAUCCUUCGAAUCCGGUGAUAACUGUUCUCGACACGCUGAGUAAGUACUCACACGACAGCGACCUGGAUGUGGCAUUGAACUCGAUCUUUGCUAUGGGUUUGGUUGGUGCAGGUACAAAUAACGCCCGUAUCACGCAGCGGCUUCGCCAGCUAGCAAACUACUAUGCGAAGGAGCCUGAUUGCCUUUUUGCUGUGCGUAUAGCGCAAGGUCUUGUGCACAUGGGAAAAGGUACUCUCGGCAUCGCACCCAUAUCACACAGAUCGGCAAAUGUUUAG